AUGUACUUCGAGGGCAAAUAUCUGUGCUUUGUUUCGUUGGUGAUCUUCUCAAUCAGCGGCGGUGCGUACACUGCCCAACGUUCGAAUGAUGCUGUGGCCGACGAAGGUAGCCCGUUCUUGGAUAUGGCGACCGAGUUUUUGUCCACGUUGGGAAACCAACAGGGCGGAGGAGGCGGUGGUGGCGGAGGCGGUGGAGGUGUUGCCGGGCUCUCCGGGAUCGCUUCCAUGCUGCUGCCACUGAUGGCGAAUGCUAACAGUGGUGCUGGUGGGAAGGCCAGUGGAAACGAUGGUAUGGGAGCGAUUCUGUCGGGCAUUGGAAGUAUGUUGGCCGCCGGUGCGAACGGAGGUGGAGCCGCCGGUGGUGGUGGAAGUGGAGGGUUUGAUCCUGCAUUGAUCGGUAAUGUGAUUCAAAUGUUUGCUGGCGCGGCCGGUGGUAGCGAUGGGGCCGAUGAUACGCCCGAUGAGCCCGUUCGUCGUCAGCAGCAGUCUGGCAGUAAGCGCCAGAAGCGGAAAGCCCAAGCCGAACAGGGACAGAAUCCGCUCGUCGAUACGGUGCUCACGAUGGCUUCCAGCUGGCUGGCAAACUACAACAAUGCCGACCAAGAUCGAGAGCCCUCGAACGCUGGUGGAGCGGACGCGUUGAUCAAUCUGCUGCCGUUGGCUGUGCAAGCGUUCCAGUCGUUUUCCGGACCGGAAAUGGAACGUACCCAUGCAAAGCACAAAGACCAUUCCUGGGUUUUGCCACCAUUCCUAGAGAACAUCCACGUCAUGUGGGAUCAGUUCACGCAGUCCGAGCUGGCAGAAGCACUGUGGAUGAAGUUGGGUUUGAAUGCCGUCUUCAAAGGAUUUGUCGGGCGUGAUGGUAAACUGGACUACGACAAACUGUUUCAAUCGCUGCAAAACCAAUCAUUCCGUCGGCGCUGGAUCAAGGCGGCCACGAUUUAUCUGGCGGAGUGGGUGAACUACAUCGCCAAUCCGGAGGUUUACCAACGAUACGUUGCCACCGGACAGAUGAUGGCCAACGGGUUCCUUCAAUCGCAGGGCUAUCCGAAACAAACGUUCCUAGAUAUUAAUCGACCGAGCGAAACGAUCUCGCAUCUGAUCGAUCACGUUGCGAAGCGCCAUCUGGCGGUUAAAAUUUCCUCCAUUCAGUACGUAAAGCCGGCCGUGAACUACGUCAAGGAUCUGCUGAAACUGGGCAAGGCCAAACAGUUCCUGCAGCAGUACAAUGUGACGGAGAUGACGGAUAAGCUGACAGACACGCUAAAUCUUGAGGUUAUUGAACCGGUGCUAAAGAUCCAUCGUGCUUACCGUCAGGCGAUCGUAACACCUCACUGCGAUAAGUACAUCCUGUGCGAGAUCAACUCACACGAUCCAAACGAAAAGCUAGGUCUCGGUGGGUUCAAGCAUGGCGUUACUAGGUUCGGUAGUAUGGCAGCCGCGUGGUUCAUCGCGCAGGAAACGCACACCCCCUUCUGGACGUUGUUUGCCAUUAUUAACGAUCCGCACCAUUGCGAUGUAAAACAUCCGGUCGAUUGUUUAGAGUAUCAUGAAAGUGAAAACCGUGUCACUACCGAGUAUCCGCACAGUGAGCUUUAGAGGCGAGGUGCAAUCCGAAUAGUAGCACGGGGGAGUACAUUAUCGGGAAACGAGUGUUACGUGAAAGGAACUUGCGCUCGUUUUCGUUGUUAGUUUCAAUUUGUCGGUUUCAUUAACGCUGAUUUUCCGAGGCAUGUGUAAAUUGCUACGGUGACGCGUUUUUGAAGAUGGCAGAAUGAAUAUCCAGAAAAAAACACGAACAAACACGUGAUUGUUGACUUAAAACUACACAAAAAACUAGUGAUCUUAGUCGAUUAUAGUAAUGCGCCAAAACGUUAGUUACAGUCGUAUCGCCGACAGGGUUUAAAAUGUACAUUCGAACUUACACCUCCAUGCGCAUGGAUGAAAGGUAGCGAAAGAUUGAACGAACGGUUAGAAUUAGGAUGAUGAAUGGUAGGUUAGUAUGCUUUUAAGUAAGCAAGAGGAAAAUAUUAUAUUUUAACGUUCAUGCAUUGCAAUUGUUGCCUCACCACAUAGACUUUCCGUACCGGGUGCAUGUAACCGGGUAAUAACUGCUCCUAAAACGAUCUUGAAGUGAUUAGAAACGAUCUUUAAUGUAGCAGCUGGCAGGUGGAUUUAAUUAUGCGUAAACCUGAACUGUGCAACUGAUUUUUAAGGGAUUAAUUUGCCCCGAAGAUCGGCAUUUACGAAGCUCUGAUAGUGUGGAAAACAGAUAGAUUUUAAGCUAGUGGUAAUUAUCAGACUAAAAUGCGCUUAUGUUCAAGCGCCUUUUAGCAUAUUAUGUGGGUGGUUUAAGAAUGCACGAAUGUGUGGAAAGAUUUUUCGCACUACGAUUGAAUGCUUCACGCAUGAGUAGAGGGUUCGAAUGUAGAUUACAAACAAAUACUGGCAUAGUUACACUGCUGAGCGACUGAAA